UUUCUAUCAACCCAAAAUGGCAGGACGGAAGGGGAAGGAGAAUGAUGCUUGCAUCCGCUGGUUUGACGUGUCGGAUCCUCAACUACACGAGAAAGGCUACACCAUAUACAAGGUCACACUGAAGACAUUCCCUCGGGGAAAAGCAGAUGCAGAGUCAGAGGUCGUCGUUUGGAGGAGAUAUAAUGACUUUAAGAAGCUGCACAAAGCUCUGUAUGCAAGAUACAGAAACCUGGCCAGAUCUGAGCCCUUCCCAACAUUUGCAAAGGCUAAGAUAUUUGGUAGGUUUGAUGAAGCAGUAGUAGAAGAGCGGAGACAGAGUGCGCUCCAGUUGUUAGAGUUUGUAGGGAAGAUCCCCUACCUCGCCAACAGCAGCAUUUUACAGACAUUCUUUGAGGGAGGAUUGCAGGUGGAUCCAGAGGGAGAGCAGCAGGCCUUGAAAGAAGCUGUCCUGCAGCCUGCUAUCAUCACAUCAGUCCCAGCAGGCAUCACACAAGAAACUGAAGAAGACAAUAAAGAGUCCCCUCAGCAGGAGUCUGCGGGAAGCAGUGAGCCAAGCUUGGGUGGGGUUUGGUUGCACAAGACUGCUGAUGACAACAUCAGUCUACACUCGGAUGACAUGACCUGUAGCGAUGACGAUGCAACCACUUUCACAGACGAUUCCAUGCCCAACACACCACUGCCAUCCCAGGAUAUGUCUUUCUUCGACCCUCUUAACAAGAAAGAUCUGCUGGCCCUGCCUGAGGAGCAGGAGGAGGGGGGAGGUGAGGGAACUCUGCGACGCAGCAACAGUUGGCUGCUGAGGGCCAUGGACGAGUGCACGGAGCUGGCCUCAGGGAGCAGCGCAGAGGAUGCAGAUGAGGGAUUGACAAUGAGACUGCCAAUGGAGGAUGCAGCCAUUGAUGAUAUAGCUAGUUAUGUUGCAACUGUUACAGUAGACAAUAGUUGUACCACUGACUCUGGGAUGGUAGAAGGCCCACAGCAUGACGACCAAUCAGGCUCUGUGGACGACUCACCCACGGACACCCCCUGGGCCCCUUCCAGACAAGACAGUUUUGAGGAGAGAAGCAGGCACUGGCAGGGAUCGGUGGCCAGGGCUUACCUGGACAGUAUCAGACACAGGUCCAGGAGAGAAAGUGACCAACAAGGCCCCGUGGCGGAUGAGACUAAGAGUGGUGCAGACAGGGUUGAUGGGAUAGUUGUGAGUCACACCACUCCUGUUCCCACGCACAACAGAGUGCGAACGCUGUCCGGGAGGAGCGUGGGGUCCUUCGACCUCGGGGCAGAAAUGGCAGACUACAUCCACGAGGCUGCGCAGAUGAUACGAUUGGCUCUGGAAAAUGAGGCCUGCGGUAGCUUUGAGGCAGCGUUUGGGUACUACAAGUCUGGUGUAGAGAUGCUGCUGAGGGGAGUGCAGAAUGACACCAACAAGACCAGACGGGAGGCUGUCCGUAGGAAGACAGCCCAGUACCUGCUGCGAGCAGAAGACCUGUAUAACAGACAGCUUCCUGGGACAACAGUGAACAGCAACAGAUGGGCGACGGACAGUGUGGACCUGGACCCAGUCACUGCACAUCUGUGUGGGCCAACUUCUGACCUUCAGAAAUACAAGGUCAUAGGUGUGGUUGACAAGGUUGCCUUAGUGAUUGACAUGUCCACCAACAACACAUACGUAAUCAAGGUUCUCCAGAAGGAUAGCGGUGACCAUACAUGUCAGAAAAGUGUAGUUCCUGCCAGAAUUCCCUACAUGGUCCAGCUGCACUGUUACUACACCACCGAGCAUGCCGUCUUUCUUGUGCUGGAGUAUGCAGCAGGAGGAAAGCUGUGGAGCAGCAUCAGUGGGUACCUACACCAGCACAGCACCUUUGGGCCGGACAGUGGGGACUUCCAAGAACGUAGUUUGGAGGAAGGCCUGCAUGCCUCCCACGGCAGGACUUCCAGCACUGUGGACCACGUGUCCGGCACAUCCAGCAAUAAAACGCUCAGCCCAAAACGUCAGCCAUCUCUCAAGUCCAUGGACAAUCCUUUAACUGAGAAUGGUACGUCACCAGAAGACUUGUUACUGGCACAGAUUGAUAAAGAGUUGCAGUUGGAAAAGACCACAGAUGACAACAAGGAUGCUCCAGCUGUGGAUGAUGACCUAAUGGCAGGGCCGGAGCCGGUCAGCAGCUACGUGGACUUGUUCCACCAGUACGAGAAGGAGCGGGAUCGUGCCAGCAGCUUCUCUAGUGAACUCGCCAGCCCUGUGUACGGGGAUGAGUUUGUGUUUGACGACAGACACAGAAGUACGACCGCACUCAGCAGCGACAGUCUGAUAUCCCCAGUAAAACUGCGAGACAGAGACUCUUCCUUUCUUAGUGAUGUUGGUGAUGUGUCCACCACGCUUGUGCAGGAAGACUACAGCGAGGAGCCAACACACAGCAGCAGUGGUACGUUUCUCCCCAGUAAGAUCCCCAAAGCAGACAUGGAGGUGUUCAGUAUUGAGAGUAUGGAGGAGGAAGACUUAACGUCCCUCCUGGAGCAGAACAAGAAGAACGACGAGUUCAGGAGUAUUUAUGACUCAGUUGUUGUUGAGGAGAGUGAGAUGGAAGGAGACCCUUUUGCCCUUGGCGAAGGUGAAGAGCUUGGAGCGGAGGAAAAGCAGCAUGCAGAUAGUCUUAAAGAGAAGACAGAAAAUGAUCAAGAUAUUGAGUUAUCUUCUCAUAAUGAUACAGGUUUCAAUGAUGAAAAUAUUCAUGGGAUGAUUAAAUGUGUAAAACAGGAUUCUCCAGAAGAAGGUUCAGAGUCAGAGUUAAACAGAUCAGGAGGGAAAAGGAUAGUGCUAGAAGAACUGGAAAGUGAAGGUCCUUCAGAAUGCAGUGAACAAACAAACGUUACAAACAAACAUGAUGAUGGGACCAAAAGAGACAAGGAAACGGACUCCUGUAGACCAACCAUUAUUGAUGCAAGUCUGAAUGAAUCGGAACAGGAAGGAGACACAAUUCUCCCAAGUAUAGGUUCCCUUGUAUUGGAUGGUGUUGGUGAGUCCUCACACACCUUGUCACAGCCUUGUGAAACAGGUACUUUGUCUUCAACCAUACCACAGUCGAACCCUGAUUCCACAGGGGUGCCUCCGGCAGGGGAGGAGUCCAACCCCUUGAGUGAAGAACAGCAGAAGGUUCUGGAUAAAUUGAUGCAAAUGCGACCUGCAGGCAGGAAGCAUUCUUACAAGAAAGGUUCGUACAACAUCAGAGUGAAUCCUCUGGAGGAGAUGGACAGGGAAGAGGAGGGGGAGGAAGUCUUUCAGUUAGAAUACCCCCCAGUACGGCUGGACAUUGACCCCGACGAUACCCCUAUUUUGAACACAGGAACCUUCAGCACUACUGUAGCACUGGAAGGUGACACAAAAUCCUGUGUGAUGAUUCACAAGGACACGACAAGCUCCAUCCCCAGUCUGCCUGUAACACCUGUCAAGAGAAGGUCCAGCACUGGCACCUCAAGUGGGUCAAAAUCUCCUGGAUACAUCUCACCAAAGUUGUCACCACAUCAGAGCCCUCUGAAACAAACAUCAUCAGGAGGCCACAGAAGGACUAGUGGAGAUAGUCAGAGAGAAGGAUUGGAUUCUUCUGACACUAACAAAGCAAAAGAAAUGCAUUCAAGAGAACAGUCUGCAGGGAAUCGUGUUCUGGAGGAGAACACCAGGCAUGUCCCUGAUACAUCUGAACAGUCCCCAGAACAGUUCAACAUUUACUCAGGAAGAAGGGAUGAAUCAUUUAUGAAUGAGGGGGAGGAUGUGCAGGCGAGGAAAAGGACAACUUCUGUCUUGUUUUCACAUCUGGAUAAAUCAGCUAAAUCGUUCCAGGGCCUGACCCUGCCAGAGCCGUGUGUCAGACAGUGGGCAGCAGAGAUCGUUGUUGCCUUGUCCAAGCUCCACACCAGAGGUAUCAUCUGCAGAGACCUGAGCCCAGACAAUGUGCUGUUGAGCGAUAGGGGUCACAUCCGUCUGACCUACUUCAGCCAGUGGACCAGUGUGGACAGGUCCUUCAGCUGGCACUCCAGUGAGCAGCUGUAUGUGGCACCUGAAGUGGCAGGUGUGUUCAGGGUGACGCCGGCCUGUGAUUGGUGGAGCCUUGGGGCUUUGUUGUUUGAACUUCUCACAGGAAAGACAUUGCUGGGGUGCCAUCCAGCAGGCAUCACCUCCCACACCAGUCUGAACAUCCCGGAGCACGUCUCCACCGAGGCGCGGUCCCUCCUGCAGCAGCUGCUCCAGCCUAAUGUCUCGGAGAGGCUGGGCAGCGGGAUUGACGGGGCAGAAGACAUCAAGGCUCAUCCUUUCUUUAAAGACAUCAACUGGGAAGAGUUGAGAGAAUGAGAAGAAAUUGUGACCUUGUUACAUGAUUGACCACCCAGUUCCCCACAGUCUUCUCUGUAUGGGGAAAACCAGGUCAUGUGCAUAAAGUAUGGAUGAAAAGAGAGCGGAUGAUAAUUAUGGUAAAACUUUCUGUCGUGGGGUGUUGUGACUGGUAUCUGUGUUAUCCACAUGUUACAUGUGUGAAUAGCACAGACAUACAUGUGCAGCUCACUACUGGAGACUGUCCCAGACAAGUCUUCAAAAGUAAGACAGCACAGAAAGUCUGUGUGUGGUCUGAAUAAAAGAAAUUUACUGUAACAAAUGAAAGUAGGCUCUGGAUUUGUCCAGGCUAGCUAACAUCUACUCUCAUAAUACUGCCAUUAACAGCACAACAACAUACAUGUAAUAGCACCAAAGUUUUAAAAAAGCAAUGAAUUGAAUGGCAUCUACUAUUGCAUUUUCCCAGUCUUUGAAAAUUGCAAUAUCCUUUUAUUUAUCAGAAACACAUAGCAUAAAUGGCAAAGUUAAUCUAUAACCGACAUUAACUGACAGUAUUGGAAAAAAUUAUAGGUUACCCCAUUGCAUAGUGUAAACUGGUAUAAACAAGGUGGUUUUAUGAGAAUACAAAGAUGUUAAUAUAGUACAAACAUACUACCAGUAGUGUGAAUGGCUAGUGACUCUUGUGAUAUGAGCAGGGUACAGUUUCAGAUACAUGUAAUGGGUGUUAUCAGCACUGUUGGCCUACUGUAACAGAUAUAGCACAAGCACUUGCUGCACAGCUUUAUCUAUGGCUGAUUUGGAUCACGGUGUGAAAUAUUCCAAUCAAGUUCACAUAUCAUGUCUGACAAUGUCAAUACACAGAACCAUUUUUUUAUAGUCCAGAAAGUGCCAUAUGCCAUAAUAUGGUCGUAGAGCCAGUGUUUGACCUUGCCAUUUUCAUGUACAAGUAACACAGAUGUACAGAUAUAUUGUAUAUAAUGUUAAUGCUUAGAAGCUGUUGUAUUUGGUACAUGUAAAAGACGUCAAAAUUGUAUCGUUCCUUUCUUUGUAGCAGAGUUCAGUUUGGAAAUGUGACCUCAGCAUUAGACAGCUUUCUGUGUUUGCAGCAACAGAUUUUGAAGCAUUGGUUCUACAAAAAUUGCUUUAGUCUCUCAGAAAUUAUGGUGUCGAAAUGGUAUUGAUUUUCCAAAAAAUGUCCUACAUUUUUAGUUGCUUGAUCUAAAAUGCACAUACCCACCUACAUUGUAAUGUGUUGGUCACAGUGUUGUAACAGCUGGUGUCCCCCAAACUUCGAAUUCAUAGCCUGGCUGAGGCUUACAUGUAGAUUGCCUACCCCCCCCCCUACAGGCCCCAUUGCAAUUGUUACCUAGGCAUAAGUGACCAAUGAAAUGCUCUGUUGGUAACUAAGGAAGUUAUUCACAUAAUGAUUGCUAGGCUAUAAUAAAACCUUGUUAUCUGGUAGGACUUCUUUCUUGUGACAUAUGUAAAUUAGGCACAUUAUGUAAAUUAAGAUAUAAUCAAUAUAGACAUGCCAUGAUUUUUUGAAGCAAUGAUAAGAACUUGAUACUCCUACCACAUAUAAUGUAUUUUAUUAGGUACAAAUUAAAAUUAUACAGCAUAAAUAUUAAUAUGCAAAUUAGAGUGUGACUCUUGAGAUAUGAAAGAGGAUGAUCAUUAACUGUGGAAAUAGAUCUACUGGUAAAAGGUAAUAUAGGCCACACAGACUUGAUUUUAUGUAUGACAUCCAUGUAUGCAUCAAUUUUUGCUUUGUUUUUCUAAAGAAAAGGAUAUAAUACCCACUUGAACUAAUUUGGCAAAUAUUAACCUCAGCAUUUUUACCAUGUACAAUAGCUCUGAAAGGAAGGAACAGAACAAAAAUAUGCAAUACACAUUGACAUGAAGCAAUGCCUUACAAUAUGUAACAUAUCAGAUAUGAAUUUUGUGUUAAUAAUGACAAGUUCUUGUUCCAAGAAAAUUCCAUGUUUCUUUAAAAUUGCCAAGGAAUACGUGUAACCGUUACUCUUUGUUAAGCCUUUGUGUAUCAUGAAUGUCCCAUGCUUAAUGUUGUCAAAGCUUGUGCAAUCCUCUGCCAUUGAGACAGUAAAGAUGAGAUAUUAAUGUAGCAAUACCAGUAUUGUUUCUUGUCAAUGCACGUUUUCGUUUGUAUGUUACACAUUAGUCUAGCAAAAUGUCAUUUUCUUGUUAAUUGGUAACCACAUUGUGCGGUUGCAAAUGCAAAAUGAACUGGUGCAGGA